GCAGAUUACAAAUGGCCUCUUCCCUCUGACCUUUGCCCCAUCUGGAUUUACCUGGAUGUCCUGUUCUCCACAGCAUCCAUCAUGCACCUCUGUGCCAUCUCCUUGGAUCGAUACAUCGCCAUACGGAACCCCAUCCACCACAGUCGCUUUAACUCCCACACCAAGGCUCGGGUGAAGAUCAUGGCAGUGUGGACAAUUUCAGUGGGGAUCUCGAUGCCAAUUCCUGUACUGGGACUUAGAGACCACUCCAAGGUCUUCAAAGAUGGCAUCUGCCUACUGACAGAUGCAAACUUUGUGCUGAAUGAAGCCACGCUCUGCUUGGACCAGCUGGUUCCACGGCCCAAAUGGAGCACCACGUUCACGCUGAGCUUCUUGUCACAAACCUCUGUGUCCUCUGAGAAACUCUUCAGGCGCUCCAUAAGUCGAGAGGCUGGUGGCAGAGGAAGCUGCGGUGGCCUCGGUGGAGCCCGUGGUAGCGUUUCUGGUCCGUUGUUUGGCCGACGCACCAUGCAGUCCAUCAGCAAUGAGCAGAAAGCAUCUAAGGUGCUCGGAGUGGUGUUUUUUCUCUUUGUUGUCAUGUGGUGCCCGUUUUUCAUCACCAAUGUACUGGUGGUGGUCUGUCACCAASCGCCAUGUAACCCAGAGGUCAUGGGAGAUCUGCUGAACAUUUUUGUCUGGGUUGGGUACUUAUCCUCUGCUGUUAACCCACUGGUUUACACAUUAUUUAAUAAAACAUACCGUACAGCUUUCCUGCGCUACAUACGCUGCCGGUAUCAACCAGAGAAGAAACCACUUCAACUCAUACUGGUAAACACCAUCCCACCUCUGGCCUACAACUCCACGCAUCUACCCCUGAGAGAUGUUGAGAAGUUACGAAAUGGAACAGUGUACUGUAAUAAGGAGAGGAAGGAAUUCUCUCUGCCAGCCAAGGAAACAGAGCAGUGUAGAAAGAGCAAAAACUACAGAGACAAAGAUGAGAGCAGCGUGUAACACCCUGGUUAAAGGUAAAUCCCAUACAAGUCCUGGAACAGCUGACACCAACACAGCAUCUAUCCAGUCGCACUGUUCUUUGGAGCGAAAAAUUUGAGAUUUAAAGUUGAUCCACCAAAGAGAAAGUCCCAACCUGUCCAGGUUUUAGACACACACCCUACAGUAUAUGCAGAUCUAUGACUUGUUAACAAGGAGCUGGGUAAAACCUUUCAUCACUUUCCAGUUUAUGCAGCAAUAAUGAAAAUCAGUUCUUCUAUUCUGAAUUAAAAUAAAAAAAUCGUGAUCCARUUUUCUAAAACAUUCUGCCCCUCCCAAAAUCUUGAAAAACAAUUACACAUGAUUUUAGUCUUAGAUUUAAAGAAAGGUGACGAAAUACACAAAACCUAUAACAACUAAAGGAAACAUUAAGACACAAACUACCUUAAAAUGAUGUAAAAGACUUGUAUGGUACUGUUUAUUCAAAUCUGAUCAGUUAUUUGUCCCUUUGGAUGCUGUGAACCCCCAAACCCUUUCAUUCUGCCAGAUACUUGGCAUCCUGCCUCCCAUCUGUUUGCAGCUAKGGAUGGAUUAGUGGGGAUUAGACUGGAUUUAAUCCCACUUUAUCAGACAAAGGUGUCAGGAAGAGACAACCUGCCAUACAUUUUUUUAAACAUUCAGAGGUCGACUCAAGCUGCCAAAAAGGGAAGAUCAACUUAAUUAUUCCUGUUUUGUUGAAAAUAUGACUAUGUUAUGACUAAGGCUUAAAAGAUUCUAUUUUCAGGAGAGACAAUAACUAUUGCAGCUGAUGUGAAUGUUUUAAUGUGAUGUUUGAAUAUUGUAAAGUGGUCAUACUGGCAGGAAACAGGACUUAAAUGUUGUUUUUUGUAAAAGUCAUUUUAUACUGUGUUCCUGACAAACUCUCAGUGCUCCAUGUCACAGUUGUUUCAGUCUUUACACAUUGUGUCCAGUGCUCUUGUGGGUGCUUUACCGUGUGUUUAAAUGUUAGUUUAAAACCUGUGGAGCUGCUGGGAGAGAGUAAACAGAGACAAUCAAUAACACAAAACUCAAUUCAAUAAACAGACAUAAUUUAUUUUUUAUAUUUAUUAAAUUGUGAUAAGGCUGAUAGUAAUACAGAGAAAUUAUUAAAGCUGAUYGAAAUCAGGCCGAUUUAUAAAUACACCACCACCACCCCUCCAAUGUCAAACUUUUGUUUUUAGUUGACUUUUAAAUGACUCUAAUGCAGGGAGGAAAGACUGAAGCACAGCAGAGAUGGAGGGUCAGAAAGCUGCAGAUUAUAUAUUUUUCUGAUUAUCAGCAUUUAAAAAAAGUUUAAAAUAAAAAAAACUGUUUUAUAUUACUGAACAAACUGAGACUGUUUUUAUUUGUUGACUGUUCAAACUUUGUUCUUUAAACCACAGAAUUGAUUGUGCUUGAUCAGCAUCUUCUUUGCGUUUGUGRCCCCUUAAUCAUCAACAUGUGGGACCACAUCACAAGAAAAUAAGUACAGGGUUAUAAAGAACACUGAAGUCUGUGAAUUCUCUCUGCAGGAAGCUUGAGAGGUACAGAAUGUGAAUUUAUGUUAGUACUACACUACGUUUUGACCACAGGGACAAAUUAUCAACUGGUACUCAGUCAAUACACUCAGGAGUCCAAGACCACCUUCAUGAUCCACUUAGAAAACUGUUAGCACCAAAAACAAAACUAUAAAUUUAAACUUGUUUAAUCUGAAAGCCUCAUAGAUUCACAAUACGUUCACAAAAUAAAGAAGACUGAGAUGAUAUUUCAUGAAUUAUAAAACAAAAUUGUCAAUGUUAAAGUGGAAGAUAAAAAGUUUAAUAUGUUGUCUUUCACAAAUCAGUUAUAGGCAAUCAUUUAGAGAAGUGAUGGUUCAAGCCACAAAGAUUUUUGUAAAAACSGUGUUGAAAUUUUUUACUAUAAAUGCAACAAACAGUGAACAUUGUGGAUCAUUAGUUUUGUAAUAAAUCUUCACAUUAAAACCUAAAGGUGUAUGGAUAAAUGUAAAUUUAAAGAGAAAGUCAAAGUUUGACUUUUGAAGACUGCCAAAAGUAUGAUGUAUGUUGAUUAUCUACCAUCACUAGCACUCUGGGAUGUUUGUAUGUCACAAACAACACAGCUCCUCCUAAACAACAACAGCGGAGUUUAGCAGGUGCCUGCUUAAAGUUCAGUAACAUUAGGUAGUUCAGCAUUUUCAGCAAAUAGGUUAGUUCAAAUCUGGUGAAAAGGAAACAGAAAAGUUUUUUUUUUUUCAUAUUUUACAGAGAAACUCCAAGUUGUGAAUUUGCUCUCACUAACAUUUUAAAUGCUACAAACAAGAUGGAAGAUCCACUGACUGUAUCACAUUCUAAGACAUGGUUUGCAAAAAUUGAUUCCCAUUUUUACAAAGAUAUUUUUGUUGUUGUUGUUUUUGCAUCAAUUAGUGAAGUCACUGAUAUAAAAUAUGGACCAUUCUCUGGAAACUAACAGACCAGUCUGGGUUUACAUCAAGCUGGACCCACUGAUAAUGCAGCUCAUUUCUUUGUAGUUCUGUUGCAGUGAAGUGAAGUCCAUUGAGACCUUUCUGCUGAUGUAACUCUGAAGUCACAAUGUAACUCUGGUUUGGAAGAGUUUGGUUUAUUUUAUUUUAUUUUAAAGUAGUGUCUUUUGGAGUUGGAUAUUGAUGGUGACAGUCACUUUUUUGUCAAGUAUAAGAAUAUGUUUUUCGCCUUCCUGUUUUG